AUGUCGCGAGUAUUGCUGCUUUGUUUCAUCCAUGGAUUCAAGGGGACUGACAACACAUUCAAAGAGUUUCCCGAACAUCUCCAACAUCAUGUAGGCAAACAGCUCCCCGAUCACCAUGUGGAGUCUGUCGUCUAUCCCAAAUACGAAACGAAAGGCGAAUUGGAGCAGGCCACAGAGGCCUUUGUGGAAUGGCUCAAAGAACGAGUGAUUGAUUGUCGUCAACGCCAUUUCAACAACCCAUGGCCGCCAGUCGACCGCAAAGUUGGUGUGAUUCUCGUCGCACACUCCAUGGGAGGAUUUGUGGCAGCUGAUGCUCUUUUCCUAACUCUGAACGAGCGUGCUGCCAAGGGUGUCCCCAACGAGGGCGAUGAGAAUGACAUUGCUCCCUUCCCUCUCAUCCAAGGCAUCCUCACAUUCGACACCCCAUACAAUGGUUUGGCCCGGUCCAUGUUUGUCUACGGCGCCUUUUCAAAUUACUCCAAGGUCAGUGGGGUCUUCAAUGCCAUGACGGCACUCUCAGCCGCUGCUCCUGCCACCUUCGCACGACUGGGAAGCCGAGCCGCUGCAACAACCCGAGCGGCGAGCUCAGGCUCUAGGCUCUCCAGAAGCCCGGCUUGGACCACCUGGCAGCUCGUUGCCGUCAGGACAGGAACUGUCGGAGCCAUCGCCGCUGGUGGUGUUGCCGCGUACGUGCACCGGGAAGCCAUCAUGAAAGGUGUAAAGAGCAUCCGGAAUCUCAACAAGGACUCCGUCAUCGACGGCUACCACCAAGGAAUGGACGCCAUCGGACAAGGGCUCGCAUACAUCAACCGUGGGAACGUGGGCAAGUCGUUUGCCUGGCUGGCCGAUCAUUUCACCUUUGUCGGGGCUCUGAUGAAGCAGAAGGAACUGAGCCGUCGCUUGGAGCGCCUCGCCGCCGUCAAGGGAGUGGGGGUUCAUGACUUUUACUGCUCCCUAGGGGAAAAUGGAUACUGGAGUGGCGGGUACUUUGUGCCUGAGAGAACGUUUUGCGCAGUGCCCGAGGAGGACCAUGCCGCGUACCCCAUAUUCGAGAGAAGAGUAAUGAGAGAGUCCGACGACGAGAUCAAGGCGCAUAUGAGUAUAUUCAAACCCGAGAAGCACAAAGGGUACGACAUUAUGAUGGAGAAGUCGGCCCAACUUAUCUGCGCAUGGUUCCUGAAUGAGGCUCCGAUUGUCGACGAACCUGCACUCCGGGAAGGCGCACCUGAUGAGAAAGAGGAAGACAAGGUCGUGGAUGAAGCGCUGGAGAAAGUAGAGAAGGAGACUGAAGCAGUAGAAGAAGGAGAAGAACUUGGCCAGAAAGAAGAAGGCGGCGAUGCCCUACCGGACGAGUCUCCCAUCGACAUUGCAGCAGCCGCCGCGCUAGUUCCGCUGCCUGGGAGCGAAGGGGAUCUGGUCGACAGUGCUGAUACUGACGAUAAGCAAACAGAUGAGAAGAGAACAUAUUUACAGCAUCUAUUUCGGGUCGCCGAGCAAGCUGGGUCGGGAGCCAAAACCUGGUGGCCAGCAAAGGUACCGGCUGUACCUUCGUCAUUGCCCAAAGUACCCAAUCUGCCCAAUGUCUCUUCUGCCAUAUCGUCGCUGGGACAAGUGUCUAUGCCACAAGUGUCUAUGCCAAGUGUCAAUCUAUUUGGAAAGAAGGAUGGCUCUCCCGCGAAGAAGACAGAAGAAGAGAAGACUGUCAGCCCGAUUGUCGAGGGUGAUCCGGCAAAUACUGAUUCUUCUGCUCAGAAAACGGCACAGGAGACCAGCAAGCCAUCCCAGGAAUGA